GCGGAGCGGCGCCGCCCCUCGCAGCGCCUCCCUAACAUCCCUCGGUGGCCGCGCUGGGCAUGCUCAGUCUGCAGGGCCGCUUCAGCCCUCCGUGUAGGAAGCUAGGGUGCUCCGGCUGUAAGGAGCCGUGGCGGGGGGAAAAUGGAGCCCUUCACCAGUGAUUGAUCUGCUUGGACUUCCUGUCUUCAUGCUGUGAACUCUGUGAUCGGCUUCCGCUCCCCAGGAAUAUGAUUGAAAACAGCAUGUUUGAGGAAGAGCCAGAUGUGGUGGAUUUAGCCAAAGAGCCUUGUUUACAUCCCUUAGAACCUGACGAGGUGGAAUAUGAACCCCGGGGUUCACGACUGCUGGUGCGGGGUCUUGGCGAGCAUGAGAUGGAUGAGGAUGAAGAGGAUUGUGAGUCGUCUGCAAAGCUGCUGGGCAUGUCCUUCAUGAACAGAAGCUCAGGCCUUCGGACCAGUGCAACCGGCUACAGGCAGAGCCCAGAUGGGACUUGUUCAGUACCCUCUGCGAGGACCAUGGUGGUCUGUGCUUUUAUCAUUCUGGUUGCCGUUUCUGUAAUCAUGGUGAUUUAUCUACUGCCCAGAUGUACCUUUACCAAAGAAGGCUGCCACAAGAAAAACCAAUCAAUGGGACUAAUUCAGCCAGUUGCAACAAAUGGGAAGUUAUUUCCAUGGGCACAAGUCAGGCUUCCCACUGCCAUUAUGCCACUACGCUAUGAACUUAACCUGCACCCAAACCUGACCUCAAUGACAUUCAGGGGUUCUGUGACAAUUUCACUUCAGGCUCUUCAGGCCACGUGGAAUAUCAUUCUUCACAGCACAGGCCAUAAUAUUUCAAGAGUGACCUUUAUGUCAGCAGUUUCAAGCCAAGAAAAACAGGUUGAGGUCCUGGAAUAUCCAUUUCAUGAACAAAUCGCCAUUGUUGCCCCUGAAACCCUUCUUGGGGGCCACAAUUAUACCUUGAAGAUAGAGUACUCGGCAAAUAUAUCUAGUUCUUACUAUGGGUUUUAUGGUUUCUCCUACACAGAUGAAAGUAAUGAGAAAAAGUACUUUGCAGCAACUCAGUUUGAACCCCUGGCAGCAAGAUCUGCUUUUCCUUGUUUUGAUGAACCAGCAUUUAAAGCCACAUUUAUCGUCAGGAUCAUGAGAGAGAAGCGAUACACUGCUUUAUCAAAUAUGCCUAAGAAGUCAUCAGUCACUAUGAAAGAUGGAUUUGUUCAGGAUGAGUUUUUUGAAAGUGUGAAGAUGAGCACUUACCUGGUUGCUUUCAUUGUGGGGGAGAUGAAGAAUCUGACUCAGGACAUAAAUGGAACCCUGGUUUCUAUAUAUUCUGUACCAGAAAAGAUUGGUCAAGUUCACCAUGCCUUGGAAACAACUGUGAAGCUUCUUGAAUUUUUUCAAAACUACUUUGAAAUUCAAUAUCCACUUAAGAAAUUGGAUUUGGUGGCUAUUCCUGACUUCGAAGCAGGAGCAAUGGAAAAUUGGGGUUUAAUCACCUUCCGAGAAGAGACACUUCUGUAUGACAAUAAUACUUCUUCAGUGGCGGAUAGAAAACUGGUUACUAAAGUCAUCGCUCAUGAGCUGGCCCAUCAGUGGUUUGGUAAUCUGGUAACAAUGCAGUGGUGGAACGAUCUAUGGCUAAAUGAAGGUUUGGCUACUUUCAUGGAGUAUUUCUCUUUGGAAAAAAUAUUCAAUGAGCUGUCUGGUUAUGAAGAUUUCUUAGAUGCUCGAUUUAAAACUAUGAAGAAAGAUUCCUUCAAUUCAUCUCGUCCAAUAUCAUCAUCUGUUCAAUCUUCAGAACAGAUUGAAGAAAUGUUUGAUUUUCUUUCCUAUUUUAAGGGAGCAUCUCUCUUGUUGAUGCUGAAAACUUUUCUUAAUGAAGAUGUAUUUCAACGUGCUCUUGUUUUUUACCUGCAUAAUCAUAGUUAUACAUCCAUUCAAAGUGAUGAUCUGUGGGAUAGUUUUAAUGAGGUCACAAACAAAACCCUAGAUGUAAAGAAAAUGAUGAAAACCUGGACCCUGCAGAAAGGAUUCCCUUUAGUGACUGUUCAAAGGAAAGGAAAGGAACUUCUUGUACAACAAGAACAAUUCUUUUCAAAUGUGAAGCCUGAAAUUCAACCCUCAGAUGCAAGCCACCUGUGGCAUAUUCCACUAUCCUUUGUCGCCGAGGGGAGAAAUCAUUCUAAAUAUCAAUUGGUAUCAUAUCUGGACAAGAAAUCAGAUGUCAUCAAUCUUACAGAAGAAGUGCAGUGGAUCAAAGUCAAUACAAACAUGACUGGCUAUUAUAUUGUACAUUAUGCAGAUGAUGACUGGGAUGCACUAAUCAAACAGCUGAAAAUAAAUCCUUAUGUCCUGAGUGACAAAGACCGGGCAAACCUCAUCAACAACAUCUUUGAACUUGCAGGCAUAGGCAAAGUGCCUCUUCAGAGGGCCUUUGAUUUGAUUGGGUAUCUUGGAAAUGAGACCUGUACUGCGCCCAUCACUGGAGCCCUGUUCCAGACAGGCCUCAUCUCUGACCUCCUUGAAAAACUGGGAUAUAUGGAUCUGGCCUCCAGAGUGGUGACCAGGGUAUUUAAAUUGCUUCAAAGCCAAAUUCAAAAACAAACUUGGACUGAUGAGGGCACCCCAUCUGUUCGAGAGCUGCGGUCAGCCUUGCUAGACUUUGCCUGCACCCACAGCCUGGCGAACUGCAGCACCACUGCCAUGAAGCUAUUUGAGGACUGGAUGACAUCCAAUGGAACGAAAAGCCUGCCUACUGAUGUCAUGACUGCUGUGUUCAAAGCUGGAGCAAAAACUGACAGAGGCUGGUCGUUCCUCUUAAGCAAGUACACAUCGAUAGGCUCUGAAGCAGAGAAGAAUAAAAUACUUGAAGCUCUUGCCAGCUCAGAGGAUGUACGGAGACUUCACUGGUUAAUGAAAAGUAGCCUCAAUGGAGAUACCAUCCGAACACAAGAGCUGUCAUUUAUCAUUAGAACAGUGGGCCGACAGUUUCCUGGACACUUAUUGGCAUGGGAUUUUGUCAAAGAGAACUGGAAUAAGCUUGUACAGAAGUUCCAUCUGGGCUCCUAUACCAUGCAAAGCAUUGUUGCUGGAUCGACUCACCUGUUUUCAACAAAGGCACAUUUGUCAGAGGUACAGGCAUUCUUUGAAAAUCAGUCCGAGGCAACCUUUCGGCUUCGUUGUGUCCAGGAGGCUUUGGAAGUCAUUCAGUUGAAUAUCCAGUGGAUGGAGAAGAACCUUAACACUCUGACGUGGUGGCUGUAGCAUGCAAAACUGCACCUCAUUUUGUCGCCCAUUCAGAGAGCGUGUUAACUGGGGCUCUGUUAACUUUUGCAAAAGCCAAGGUGAAGCCAAGGAUUGCUGCUGAGUUGUUUGCACUCUUAGGAGUUGUAGUUAGCUCAGGGCCUGUCUGUAUUUUUCAUCAGUCUUUCGUGAAAUGUCAUUGGGUAAUAUGUAGUUAUUUAUUACAAAAUUAUAUUCACCUAUAUACCAAGCAUCUACAAAAACAAUGAGUAAUUUUUCUACUUUGAAGGUACGCAAAUGAGGAAUAAAAUCUCUUUUGGAAUUCUCUUUUUAUUUCUCGGUAUCCGUAAAGUACUGACUCAGUGAACAAAGAAAAAUCUACUAUGGGAGCUACCAUCUUUGUAGGCUGCUGGUUUGUGAGCCAUUUGUUGCUUCUUGUUGAUAGAUGUUAUUUGAAUGUGGUAACAGCUUCAAAAAAGUAUGACAGUGAAAUUGAUGAAGCAUGCAGCUAUAGAGAACUAAUCUCAGGUGUGCAGAUCUACUUUGAUUUGGGGUUUUGAUUAAUCCUUUAUUUCCUGGAAAAUUUUUAAAUAAGAACUCUAACUAUUAUAUUUUUUUCUGCAGAAUAGCCAGGUGCUACAGAAUUUUUAAAUUUUUGUUAUAUUGAAAAGCUAAAUAACAAGGCCAAAAGAUUAAAAUUUCCCAAUAUUUAAUGCUUUCUUUAUCAUCUUUUAGGUAAAUGAUUCAAACCAAGUUAGCUUUAAUUAUAAUUACUUUAUUCAUAAAUUUAAAUAUUAUCCAAAUCUGUACACUUUUAUCACUCCCUGCCAUAGAUGUACUUUAUGUUAUAAUUAAGUAUUUCCACAGUUAUAUGAGCAUUUUGUUAGUACUGAUGUCUUUUAUCAUGACUUUAUCACUGUUGCUAAGAAUACAGGUUGUUUUAGAUGCCUUUUGGCAUGAUAGAUUAUAGACACUUUAUCUCUGAAUCAUACUUAUGGAUGGAUUUUCAUUUUAUAUGAUAGAGUAGCACAUUAGAAACAUUUUAAAGUAGGGCGUUUGAGAAAUUGAACAUUUUUAUUUGAAGUUCACCAUAGUACCUUAAAGGAAUAAAGAGAAUGUGAAAUAGAGGUAACUUGAUUCAGGUUUAAUAUGGUGGGCUUUGAAUUUUUGUACUAUCAAAUACAGUACUUUUAUUUAGUUGAAAAUUCAUAGUUUUAUUUUAUCAUGGGUAAACUAACAGAUGAAAAGAAAUGUCCAAGUAAAGGAAGGAAGGAAGGAAGGAAGAAACACAAAACUGCCUGGCAUUUUUACUCCUUCGAAAGGAGAAAUUCUGUACUUGAAUUUGUUAAGCUGUGCAGACUUAUACCUAGAUUGUUGAGUUUCUUUGAUUCUUAGGAGAAAAACUUUCUUUCUAAUAAUUCUUAUACUUUAUAUUUUGUUUGAAAACAUCUUCUAUGUACAAAAAGGGUAACUGCCCAUUUGCAAGCACUUAAAAACACUUUACAGAAUCAGACAAUGGGAAAAGUCACCUUUUUUUUAUUCUGCAAGUGUAAAGUGAAAAUAUGUGGGAUUGUGUAUAAAAUUAUAUUUUAUUUUAUGAAAAUAUUUUUAUAUAACAAAAUUUAAAAGGCUGACAAACUAAAAGAUAUCCUUCUUUACCCCUACUGUGUUUUCGCCCAAUUUAGUCUUUUUUAAAUAUUUAUCUGCCUGUUUUAGAGUAGAAAAUAUUAUAUCCAGAGAAUCACAGAAUCAUCUAAAGAUGUCUUAUUGAAACUGGGGUAAUUAUAGGUCUUUAUUCCUUUUGUGUUCAGUAAAUGAAUGAUAGUUUAGUUGAUAAUGGAAGUUAGUGAGUUUUUAUAUUUUUAGAAUGGAAAAAAAUACUAAACUUUUGAGGGAUAUUUUUUGUUGCUGUUUUUUUACCAUACUAUAUUACUAAAUUCCACUUUGAUACAGAGUUUAAAUUUUGCUACUUCUCAAAAUCAGUUAAGAUACUUCAGUUUUACUUUCCCAUCUUUACAUUGCUCCUAUAACACACAUUAACUGUGUAAAUGGCAAAUCUUGUCUUGAAUUAUAUCAGUUUUUCGUGUGUGUGUGUGUGUGUGUGUGUGUG